GUGUUGACGAAUUGAGGCUGACAAAUGGAACUGGCCCCUGCUCUGGGAGAGUGGAGAUAAAACACGAGGAGCAGUGGGGAACUGUGUGUGACGGUGACUGGACCAUGAAAGAUGCUGAGGUUGUUUGUAAGCAACUACAAUGUGGAUAUGCUGUUCAGGCUCUUAAUGAAGCUGACUUUGGACAAGGAUCUGGACCAACAUGGUUGUAUCGAGUUUUUUGCCGUGGGAACGAAUCCGCUCUCUGGAACUGCUCACAUGACGGAUGGGGUGUUUUCUCCUGCGCACAUGCCUUUGAUACUGGAGUGAUCUGCUCAGGUUUCACUGAGCUGCGUUUGACUGGAAGGGACACCGCCUGCUCAGGACAUCUGAAAGUAAAGCAAGAAACUUGGGUUACAGUCUGCUUUUCACACAUCGAUUUCAAAACUGCCUCUGUUAUAUGUAAUGAGUUAGAGUGUGGAGAGGCUGUGGAUAUCUCGAGAGGAGCUCCCCUUGGCGACAAAGCUGAACUGAUCUGGCAAGAAAAGUUUCACUGUCUAGGGAAUGAGACUCACCUUGCACACUGUUCCAGAACGUUGCUCCAUAGUAAGACAUGCUCUCAUGAUGCCACUGUUGUAUGUUCAGGCUAUGGUGGGUACAGGUUGGCAAAUGGCAGUACCUCGUGUUCAGGGAGAGUAGAGCUUCUUCAUGGCGGCACGUGGGGAACCCUGUGUGACUACCUGUGGGAUUUACCAGCUGCCAAUGACCUUUGCCAGCAGCUGGACUGUGGGGUUGCCCUACAGAUACCAGACGGACAGUCCUUCGGGAAAGGAAAUGGAUCUGUCUGGAAUGGGACAUUCAGCUGCAAGAAGAACGCCUCACAUCUGAGAGACUGUCCUGUGAGUGUGCUAGGUCGUGAUGAAUGCCCCGCUGGAAAGGACGCUCGUGUAGUGUGUUCAGGGUGCCCAGGGGGCAGGCUGGUGAAUGGCACCACCUGCUCUGGCAGAGUGGAGAUCCGCCAUGGAGACACAUGGGGAAGUCUAUGCCGAUCCCACUGGACUUUGAAAGCUGCCAACGUUCUCUGUCAUCAGCUGAACUGUGGCUAUGCAAAGUCAGUCCAGACAGGAGAUGAUUUUGUGGACGGGGAUGGGCCUCUAUGGAGAGAUGCUUUUCACUGUGAUGGGACAGAGUCCUGCCUGUGGGACUGUGCUCAAGUGACUUUGGGAAAUCCAAGCUGUUCAGCCAGAGAAGCAGCCACUGUUAUUUGCUCAGGUCUUGCUGAAUCACUCAGACUCUCAGGUGGUGAGAGCCGCUGUGAUGGGCGAGUUGAAAUCUUACUCCAUGGCACAUGGAGCAGGGUCCUGGAUGAUGACUGGGAUGUUAAGGAUGCUCAUGCGGUAUGCAGACAACUAGAGUGUGGAAUUGCCAAGAAAGCCUAUUACCUUCCAAGGUCUAAGCGAGGCAUUGGGGUUGUUGGCUUAAGAAGCGUCCAGUGUGCUGGAAAUGAGACUCAGCUGAUGCUCUGUAAGACUUCGCGUUCUCACACAGUGCCAUCGGGAGUUGCUGAAGAUGUUGGUGUGGUUUGCUCAGGUAGCAGACAGAUCAGGCUGGUGAAUGCAACAAAGCGUUGUGCUGGGAGAGUAGAGCUUUACCAUGAUGGCACCUGGGGCACCAUCUGUGAUGAUAACUGGGACCUAUCGGAUGCUAAUGUUGUUUGCAAGCAGCUGGGAUGUGGACAUGCCAUCAAGGCAUUUGACUCCGCUCAUUAUGGGGAAGGCUCAGGACAGAUCUGGCUGGAUGAUGUAAACUGCACUGGGGCUGAAUCUGAUCUCUGGGCAUGUCCUGCUAGGGCACUGGGCCAUCACAACUGCCAACACAAAGAGGAUGCUGGAGUCCUAUGCUCAGAGUUCCUGGCUCUGAGGCUGGUGAAUGGCAAUGACUGUACUGGGAGGCUAGAAGUUUUCUACAAUGGGACGUGGGGGAGCAUUUGUUCCAAUCGGAUGUCUCAACUCACUGCAGUAACUGUGUGCAAACACCUGAACUGUGGAGACGGUGGGGAAAUCGCAAGAGACUUUGAAUACGGCAGAGGUUCUGGGCCCACGUGGCUGGACCACAUCGAGUGCACUGAGCAACAAAGCUCUCUCUGGCAAUGUCAGUCAGACCCCUGGAAUGCUCAGUCAUGUGAUAAUCGAGCAGAAGAGACCCAUAUUUCUUGCACUGGAAGAAAAGAGGCAACAUCUCCAGCCACAUUUGCUGAGUGUCCAAACUCUACAAGCUGUUCAGACAGGGAGAAGUUACGACUCAUAGGAGGAGAGUAUGGAUGUUCAGGCAGAGUGGAGAUUUGGCAGCAAGGCUCUUGGGGAACAGUCUGUGAUGAUUCCUGGGAUUUGGCAGAUGCUAAUGUUGUAUGCAGGCAGCUGGGCUGUGGAUCUGCUCUGUCUGCUCUGAGUGAAGCUGCCUUUGGGGAAGGGACUGGUCCCAUCUGGUUGGAGAAGGUGCACUGCAAAGGAACAGAACUAUCUCUUUGGGACUGUCCUGCCAAACCUUUGUUUGGCAAAAACUGUGAUCAUAAGGAAGAUGCUGCUGUGGAGUGCUCCGGUGUAACAGAAACAACAGCAUCACCCACUAGAGCAGAUCCUCCCCGCCGCCCUGCAACAGGGAACACGAGACUUUCAACACCUAUCAUCCUCUGCAUCGUCCUGGGGGCCCUUCUCUGCCUGGUCCUUGCCAUUCUUGCUGGACAGAUCCAACGUGCCAGAGCACAGCAGAAAGGCUCCAGACUAUCCUAUGACCCCUUCUCUGAAGCUGUCUAUGAAGAGAUCGACUAUAACGUGACGAAGGAAAAGCAGGGCAUAACUGGCCUCUCAGAUUCUUAUUCAGAGAGUUCAAAAACAAAAGCACAGUUUUAUAGCAGGGACAGUGAUGAAGCAAAUGGUCCUGGAGCAACUCAAGAGGUCUCUCCACUGCCUGAAAAUGCCCUCCUGGAAGACAGUUAUGAUGAUGCGACAGAAGCUCCUGGACCUAAAGAUGCUCCUUUUUCGGAGCAAAAUGAUCAGGAAGUCAUUGGGAUCCCUGAAGAAAGUGACAGAAACAAGGAUUCACAGACAGGCUGGAGUCCUACUGUGUCAGGAAACAGGACCUCUGCAGCUGACAGACAUUCAUCCCCUGCUCUUGAAGAUACGGGUUAUGAUGACAUUGAAGAGCUGUGACACUGAUAGAGACCACUGAGUUGUACCAACCACGUUUGUUAAUACACCUCUGUUAAUAGAAUGCUGAUCGGGUACCAGCAGAACCCAAACAACUUGCAUUUAGGAUUAGUUCACCUAAGUUUGGUUUAUUUGCAGAGAAGUGAUUACAUAUUUAGAAGAUACACAAGUAUGACUGUUAAGAACAUCUCUCUAAUUUCCCUUAUAAUUUCCUGUUGUCGAGACUACCUGGACGGUUUUUGCUUUUUAUUUUACAAUAUUUUUCACUGUAUUUUUUUUUUCUACUGAAUUGGUUUUCCAACUUCCGAUAUUUGAUCAGAAAUCGUUUAAAGAUGUCCUCUCAAAUUUAUGCUUCUCCUCCCAGAUCCAUGAGACAGCUUGUUGGAGUUUAUUAGGAACGGAAACUGAGCUGUAAGAAAAUCAUCAAAGCUCCAGUUCAUCUUUUGGAUACUCUUGCUUGUCACACACAGUGUGAGGACUAGAACUGAUUUUUGAGAUGCUGCUUUGAGAGAUGAGAAACUCAACAAGAGGUUAAUUCUCAUCCUCACUUUAGAUGUAGGUCUGUCAUCUGAGUUAUGUACAAGUGAAUCACGCAUUUGAUUUGAAGGAAAAGCUUCUCUUUUCUCCCUCUAUCCCAUGACUUACUUCCUCCCAGACUCAUACCAAUUAUAUAGUGAGUUCAAUUUCUUUCCACAAACGGCAAGUGGCGGUCAUACCUACAGGUGCCUGUUAUGUCAUUUCUUCUAAUCACAUGAAGGCAGAUUGAAAAAGACAUCACAUUGAUGGAAUAGAAGGUGAGGUAUUGCUGUCGUGGCUCCUAAUGAAGUUUUUUUCAGGUCUUGAAUGUGAGAGCAUGCUUUAAUGAACCUUAUUCAGAUCAACUAAGUCUCAUAGAAGUAAUACCUGCAAGAGUCACCAUAAUGCAGAUGAGACUCUUAUUUGUACAUGAAAACAACAGUGGUUCUAGCCAUCAUGAUACAUAAAGAAAUGUGAGUUUGUCCCAAACAGCUGAGAAGACACACAGACAAGCAAACCCUUUCCCAAGUAAUCUCACUAACCUCAUUAGCUCAGCAUCAGGACAACCCUGUGCCAAGGACUGAGGCAGAAGAGACUGGACUGAGAUGAACUGAAUACUUCUUUGUAUUCAGUGAGUAUCCUGGCAAAUCUACACUUCCUUCCCUGGCUGCCUUCUUUUCAGCACCGAGUGGAGUUUCCUGUGGAAUAUUGUGAGAGCACUGGAGCGUUCUGUACUGCUAUGAUUUUGUGACGCAUAGGAUGCUUCUAUCUGUGUAACUUUCUCCUUUCCAAGCUGGCCUGGAAGUAGUGAGAAGGAAAUUCAAAAGGACAGGCAAGCCUGGCAAAGAUAAGGCACUUCAUUCAGAGAUCCUAAGGGAAUGCAACCACCUUGACAUCUAAAUCCAGGCAAGAACCAACACCCUCAUACUGUCCCUGCUCCACCUGAUCUGAACAAAGAUCCACUAGGUACAACGUGGAUUCGCCCCACAGCUGGGCUAAGACACUCCGGCUACCGAGCAGCUAGCUACUGGAUCCCAGUCUCUUCAGUUGCUGGCAUGUGGUCAUAGAAGCCCCUGCGGCCACAGCCUAACUCCAGCUGCUGU